AUGAACGGCUACGGCUCCCCGUACCUCUACAUGGGCGGCCCUGUGUCGCAGCCGCCGCGGGCUCCGCUGCAGCGGACGCCCAAGUGCGCCCGGUGCCGCAACCACGGCGUGCUGUCCUGGCUGAAGGGCCACAAGCGCUACUGCCGCUUCAAGGACUGCACCUGCGAGAAGUGCAUCCUCAUCAUCGAGCGGCAGCGGGUGAUGGCCGCGCAGGUGGCGCUGCGCCGGCAGCAGGCCAACGAGAGCCUGGAGAGCCUCCUCCCGGACUCCCUGCGCGCCCUCCCGGGGCCGCCGGGCAGCUCCGAGCCCCCCGCCCCGCCGCCGGGGCCGCCGCCCUGCGCCGCGCCACCGCGGGCCCCCGCCGAACUGGCCGCCGCCGCCGCCCUGCGCUGGGCCGCCGAGCCGCCCCCCGCGCUCCCGGGGCCGCUCUCCAAGGCAGACAUGAAUGAGGAGCGGUUGGGUGAUGCCAGUGGAGCAGACAAUGCCGAGACCUACAGUGACAAAGACACAGACCAAAGGAGUUCACCAGACAUGACUAAAGCCAAAAGUUGCUUUACCCCUGAAAGUCCUGAAAUUGUUUCAGUGGAUGAGGUUGGUUAUGCAGUUCAGAAAAAUGGUGGGAGCACAGAGAGCCGUCCAGACAGCCCCAAGUACCACCCAGAGCAGAACCACCUCCUGAUAGAAGGUCCUUCUGGGACCGUUUCUUUACCUUUCAGUUUGAAAGCCAACAGACCUCCACUUGAAGUCUUGAAAAAGAUCUUCCCUAACCAAAAGCCAACUGUGCUGGAGUUGAUCCUGAAGGGGUGCGGUGGUGAUCUGGUGAGUGCUGUAGAGGUUCUCCUGUCCAGUCGGUCUUCGGUGGCCAGUGGAGAGAGAACUUCUGCAGAAUCUGAUGGUCUUGUUUUGCCCUCCAAUGGGCACAUUUUUGAACACACGCUGAGUUCGUACCCCAUUUCCUCUUCCAAGUGGUCUGUGGGCUCAGCAUUUAGGGUUCCUGACACAUUGAGGUUCUCUGCUGAUUCCAGUAAUGUUGUGCCAAAUCCUCUGGCUGUACCUUUGCAGCACCCUUUCCCUCAGCCACCACGUUACCCGCUGAUGCUGAGGAAUACUUUGGCAAGAAACCAGUCCAGCCCGUUCCUGCCCAAUGACGUCACCCUGUGGAACACCAUGACGCUGCAGCAGCAGUACCAGCUGCGGUCCCAGUAUGUCAGUCCUUUCUCUAGCAACUCAGCCAGUGUUUUCCGAAGCUCGCCUGUCCUUCCUUCCCGCUCAUCAGAAGAUCCUAGGAUCUCAAUCCCUGAUGAAGGGUGUCCUAUUGUGUCUAAGCAACCAAUUUACACAGAAGAUGAGUACGAAGAAAGGUCUGAUUCUUCAGACUCAAGAAUACUCAACACAUCUUCUUAG